CGCACGCACGACAGAAUGGCGACUCUUUCCCUGUGCGCGUCCAUGUCUAGCCUCGCGGUGUCGAGGCCGAAGGCGACGCUCUCCUGCAAGUCCCCGGCGAAGGGCAUGACGAUGAAGGCCGCGCUCGCGGCCCCGACGCCGUUCCGCGCGGUCGCGCUCCGCACGCCGACGACGCACGGCCGCGGCGCGCUCGUCGUCGUCGCGGGCGGCAACAGCAUCGGGAACACGCUCCACGGCACGCGCCGCGCGCGCGCGCGCACGUCCGGUUUCCGCGCGCGCUUGCAGUCCCCCACCGGCCGCAGGGUGCUCAAGGCGCGGAGGGCGAAGGGUCGCAAGUACCUCGCCCCCGCGGGCGCGGUGAACGGGUGGAACAGGGAGAAGAAGAAGUCCCUCAAGUGAUCGAGUGAUGGGCGACUUAGUUCUUACGCGCACGUACUGUAGGGGGGGAUUCUUUAUAGCGGGGUGACGGCGAGGAGGCGAGGACGAGCGGAGACGACGAGGCGCGCGGAGGACGGAACGCGUCGGAAUCUCGUAGUCGCGGUUCUUUGUGAAUACGCAUGUCGUGACGUGUCCG